AUGUCUACGAUCACAUCGGUUUCGACGCCCAACGCCCCCUCAGCCAUUGGGCCCUAUUCCCAAGCUAUCAAAGCCGGCGAAUUCGUGUUUGUGUCUGGUUGCAUCCCCCUCGUACCUUCCACGAUGCAGAUAGUCGAAGGCGGUAUCGAGGAACAGACCAAGCAGGCCCUCACAAAUCUCAAGGCUGUUCUUGAAGCCAGCUCUAGCUCAGUUGGCAAGGUCGUCAAGACUACAGUGUUCCUGAAAAAUAUGGAGGACUUUGCCACCGUCAACAAGAUUUACGAGGAGUUCUUUAGCGGUUCGGAACACAAGCCUGCACGUUCAGCCGUUGAAGUUGCUCGGCUUCCGAAAGAUGUUUUGUUUGAGAUCGAGUGCAUAGCAGUGGCAAAUAAGUGAUUAUUCACGGCUCUUUAUGACGAGGAGCACCGUGAAUUAAUACGCAGAUCGUCGGACACACGUGCAAUGGGAGAGCCUCACGCAAUACAUCAGGCCUGCGCUAAAUUUACAUCAAGUCACAAAAUUUGUAUAAGCUUGUAUUUAGGAACAAAAUUGUCGAGGAUGCAAAACACACAAAAAUUAGCCUUGUCGAUUUCAACAGACGAUGGACACUAUACUUGCAAGGUGCACCAUGCCGCAGCUACGAUGUGUCUCGCCCCCCUUGUAACAGUCCAAGCUGUGUCUGACACAGACACCUCGCUAGGCUUACUUAUGUGUUUGGGGAAUUACACGCACGGCUCAGUCAAAUCUGGUCGAGCGAAUAUAGCACUAUUUAUGUACG